GUCACAGUCGUCCAUCCUCCUUCGCUACCAACUGUCGCCGACUACAGGACAGGCGACGACCACAGAGCGGUCUCGCUGCUUCGUACAUCAUCACGUUGAUUGCGGCGGACGGAACUCAGGCAGAUAUGGGCCUCGCCUCAAAGCUGAGAUCAUGGUCUCAGGAGCUCACCCCGUAUUUUCUCUACCUGCUCUUGGUUGCAACACUGGGACCUCUGCUCUUUGGUUAUCAUUUGGCCGAGCUCAAUGCUCCUCAAGAGGUCAUCACUUGCGCAGCGAAAUCAAUUAGGUCGAAGAAGGGCCCACCGUCAACGCUGGGUGGCCUGCCACAAUGCAUCCCCAUGAACUCUACUCAACUCGGACUUGUCUCGUCCAUCUUCACAUUGGGCGGUUUGAUCGGUGCUCUCGCGGCCGGCCCUUUGUCCGCGCGCUAUGGCCGUCUACGUACUAUGCGUGUUAAUACCUUUUUACUAGCGCUGGGCCCUCUUGCUGAAGCACUGGCGCCCAAUAUUGGCGCCCUUUCGGCGGGCCGCUUCAUCUCUGGCCUAGGCGCGGGCGUCUCCGUGGUUGUGGUGCCCAUUUAUAUCUCUGAAAUCGCUCCACCCAAGGAAAAGGGUUUCUUUGGUGCCUUCACGCAAAUCAUGACGAACAUGGGCAUCUUCACCACCCAGCUCCUUGGUUACUUCCUGAGCCAUGGGCAGAUGUGGCGUGUCAUCCUGGCCGUUGCAGGCAUGAUCGGUGUCGUGCAGUUUGCGGGGCUGGUGUUCUCAGUGGAGAGUCCCAAGUGGCAGGCUGGUCAUGGAGAACCGAGACAAGCCAAUAACAAUCUGCGACGUAUCAGGGGUCAGAAGGCCGAUAUCCAAGAUGAGAUAGAAGGUUGGAGAGUUGAGGAUGUCGAUGAGAGACACGAGGAGGAACGAACACUGCUCGCAGAUUCCGACCACGAGCCACAGACGGACAGUAACACCUCCUCGAGAGGCAAAGCGCCCGAACCCAUGGGGAUCCUGGCCGUGCUCCGAGACCCGACCAAUAACCGCGCAAUCCUUGCAGUCGUUGUGGUCAUGAUGGCGCAGCAGCUUUGCGGAAUCAACAGUAUCGUCAUGUACGGUGUGUCUCUGCUCGCGGACUUACUCGCAUCCAACUCCGCCCUGCUCAAUAUCUUUGUGAGCAUACUCAACAUUGCAGCCACUACAGGCUUCGCCCCCCUCGCCGAUGUGCUGGGUCGCAAGCCAUGUAUCCUCACCUCCAUCGCCGGUAUGGGUGCCUCAUCUGUUCUCCUUGCCGUGGGAAUACGCAGUGCCAUUCCUGUGCUUUCCGCAGUUGCGGUACUUCUGUUUGUUGCCAGCUUUGCUUUUGGCUUGGGGCCGGUGCCCUUCAUCCUGGCUUCUGAACUUGUCGGUCCUGAGGCAGUUGGGGCAACUCAGUCAUGGGCGCUAGCAGCAAAUUGGAUCUCGACAUUUGUGGUGGCGCAGUUCUUCCCAAUGGUGAACGAGAGAUUGGGAAAGGGUGUGGUGUACUUUGUAUUUGCUGCCAUUGCAGCAGUGUCCUUUGUUUUCGUGGGCUGGUAUGUGCCUGAGACUAAAGGAAAGAAGGAUGUUGACGAGGUCUGGGGAAGGCCGUCCAGGAGGCAAGACUAAGAUGUUGAGAACAAUUCAGGACGGAUGAAAGGGGUUUGCCGAUCUAUUCAGUUCCUUUGGUUGGGUUUCUGGAAACUUGCUUCCGGGAGGCUACAGAAAGCGGCCUUCCAGCAGAGUAUUCCACACGUCCAGGUGCAAUCUUUCAGCAGGCUUUUGACGAUCAGAUCCCGGAUUGACAGUUCGAUUUCGAUUAACUGAAGAUGCAGCAUCCAGUCGACUGCUACGAACCCAAUGGCAGUCACAUCUUCCACUCUCAGCUGGCCAGAUCAUAGCACGAAAGAGGAAGGUGCUCAGCGCAAGGAUGCCGUUGUCCCGCAAGCACUUCCCUCGCCGCAAGGUCCAUCUGCCAUUUUCGUCCCGAUUGGCAGUUGUGUCACAUCAGCCAUAUUGCACGCUACAAAAUGCCAUCCGGAGUAGGGCGCAUUAGCAAGUCACAAAUUGUCGCAUCUCAAUGGACCGUCCAGCAAAACAUCGCAAUUUGCUCAAAAGGCUGUUCCUUUGGAGACAUUAGCUGGGUUUUUCCUCUGCACGCCGCACGAAGUUUGCAGCGGUGAAAGUGAGGAACACAAGAAGCCAGUGCCUUGACACUGAACAGAGGACAAGCAGCGAGAAGGCUGGAAUGCAGAGGUAUACUGAAAGAUGUUGUUGCGCCGGCCGCUCAUGCCCGGCCAGGUUUCCAAGCCUCGGACAUGACCGACUGACGCUCAGCUUCGCUUGACUAGAUCACCAUCGUGCGGGAGGACACCGAGGGAUCGAGCUGUUUGAUUGAUGGGCACGCGCUCACCAGGUCGCUAUCAUUGGUUUGACGGAGGUAUCCAUUGUUGUUAUCACCCACUAGUGUCCCUGGGGAACCCUGUCGUGAGGGUAUAUGAGCGAUUCAAAGCGUGCCCUUAUCAUGACCUCCUUUCUGCUGAACGAACCUGGAUGGUGGAUAGAAAGACAACACAGUCUCAUUGCCCUCGUCCUUUCUUCCUGC